AUGGUGGAAGCAAUUGCAAAGAGGCUCCCGUCGCUGUUAACCUUAACAAACCAGGAAAACUUCAAUCCUCUACAACUGGCCCUCAGGAGACAUCGAUUUGGCUCAAUGAAGAAGUUGCACGAGUUAGGAGCCGAUAUAAAUGUUGAAUCGCCCAAGCAACGCCAGACUUUGAUUCACCUGGCCAGCAAAUUAGAGAAGCCUGAUCACCUGUCAGACAUCAUGGGGUACCUUUUACAGGAGGGGGUAUCCCUCGAGUCCGUGACCUCAGAUGGCUUUACACCCCUUAAACUGGCAGCAUCACUCGACCGUCUCAAUGCCGCAGCAGCCCUCUUGGACCAUGGUGCCGAUAUUGAGAGCUCGGCUGGCAAGGAAGGCCGAGCUCUCGACAUUGCAGUUAAAAAUGGAUCAUCCCGUGUGGUGGAGUCAUACAAGUCUAACAUCACACCCAAAGGAGCGAGCGCUACCGUGGCUGGUUGUGGAAACAAUACUCCCCUUCACAUUGCGGCGGAAAAGGGGCAUUGCGACGCUGCCAGGGCCUUGUUUAGAGGUAUCGUGUACAUUGACGUCGAUGCCCAGAACAAAUUCGGUGAGACCCCCAUGAUAACUGCCGCAAGGGAAGGGAAUGUCGAGUUUGUUCGAUGUCUGAUGGAAUAUCGGGAACAUCUGGGUGUUCCCUCUCGUCAGUGGGAAACUGCAGCUGCGCGAGCAGCUGACAACGGCCAUUUUGAAACGGUCGAAUUCUUCAUUCAGCAGCAGCAAGGCCGGUCAAGAUAA